GAAAGAUUCGUACGCGUAGUCAAGCCACGGAUUGCAUCGCAGUUUUGUUGUUCGUAUUAUUAACUAUUUCGGAGUUCCGAAAUAAUAUUGGCUUGUGUGAAAUGCACAGUGCUCUAUAGUGCCCUUCUCACAGCUUACGGAUAUUCGAAUAAUUGGGAUUGAAUCGUAACGACGAACGAUAACGUUCAUACCAUUUCUAGUUUUGGUGGGAAAGUAAUACGAUUGAGUAACGGUUGGAAGUAUCAGAAUUUUCAACGAAAAAUGGGUCGGAAAGUAAAGGUUCGAAAUAAAAACAGCUCCAAGAUCUCGAAGAUUAGUUUGAAGGAUUCAUCCGAGACUGAUGAGAUGGGCAGUGGAGACGCUGAACAGAUGCUAUCAUCGAGUUUAAGUUCCCCAAGCAGCGGAAGCAGUCGAAAUACUAGAACUAGGUCAAUGAAGGGAGAAAAAUUGCAGCCGUCGCCAAAUCGGGGCAGCAUUCUCAAUAGAAGCAGUGCGAGUGAAGGUACUUCAGCAACUAAGAUCCCUCCGAGCAGAGUGUCACUUAGAUCUCCUGCCUUCUCUCGAUCAGCUCGAGGAAAGGAUAUGGGAAUGACAGCUGGAGCAGAAUCCACGGUACAAACUCCCACAAAUAAAGCUAUCGUGCAAUCAAGUACCCCAAGAACGUACAGUCGUAUAAAAUCUACUAAACCAACAACUAGUGGAAAGAAGGCAGCGACGAAUAGUACAGCGAACGUCGUAUCGGGACCACCGCAAUCACCAAAAUUGGUUGAAGAUCGUUUGAAGUCUCCGGAUCGGUCGAAAUAUUUAAUGAAGCAGCUUGAGAGCACACUGAGUCCCAAACUCAUCGAGCCUACUAAGAGUGUUAAUCUUCCGGUUAGUCGCUACGGGCGAAUUCAGAAACAGAAAGAGGAUAACGACUACAUACCGUUGGAUGUGGCAAAAUUCAUCACAAAGUCUCCCCCGAGACCCAGGCCGAUCAAGAUUGAGGUGGGGAAUAUUUCGAGUGAGCUGCCACCGUUAUCGGAUACCACAGAUGUUGAGGCAAAACCAAGUGAGUUGGAUUUUUCCAUUCAGCUGGAAAUCCUGGAAUCUAUCGUUGCCGAUGUGGUGACUCCGAUUGCGGAUCCUAAUGAGGAAAUUCUGGGUAUUGAUCAAAUCAAAAUUGUCGAUUUGGAUGUGAGCUUUGGCGAGAGUAGUGUAGGAGGAGCUGAGCAAGCGGCGAUAAGCGACGACAAGGAACCGGUUAAACUGCUAGAGAGGUCAUCGGACGCUGACAGUGCGAAGGGAUCGUCGAUUGAUUUGGAUACGUCGAGCGGUUAUCGUGUAGGGCAGCUGUUCUGGGGUGCGUUGGGUGCGAAAACGCUUCAUUGGCCCUGUUUGGUGUGUCCCGAUCCCGUAGAUGGGCUUUUGUCGAAGGUCAAACCACAAACCAAAAAACGUAUCAUUCACAUCACGUUUUUCGCGGACAAUGGUCGGCGAAGUUGGGUGCAGGAGGGAUUGACGAUCCCUUUCGAAGGUUUGCAAUCGUAUAAAGCAUUGGUGGAGAAAGAGUACAGAUAUCUGCGAUCGAAGCUUGCGUCGAACGUGCAGCGACAUCCUGCAAAAUGGAUGGAAGCCGUCCGCGAAGCAGAAGAUGUUCUUGGAUUCCCUAUUGAAUCACGCGAGCAGCGAUUCAAGCAACUGUUGGAACUGCAGCGAUCGGAGCAAAAAGCCGGACACAGAAAGCGUGCCAAAAGUUUAUCCACAGGCUACCAUAGUAGCAAUUUUGAGGACUCUUUUGGCUCGAGGGGGAAACGCGCUCGCUCGCCCACUCCCGAGAGUCCCGCCUAUGAAGCACUGCCAAGUGUGGCGAAAAGUUCGGAAUCGUUAUCGAAACGCUUUAAAUCGGAACCCGACGAUUCGGAUCUCUUCCGCAAUACGAUUUCUCGCUACUUCCAAUCGAUGACGGAUGGCAGUGAUGUACUGGAGACGGCAAGCGGUACGAGCAGCGAGUGUGAGGAUAUUUCCGAACUGGCAGGGUUCGAUCGGGAGGUGUACAACGAUUUGCUUAAUCUGAGCCGAAUGUAUGUUUUCGGGGACCAAACCGAGACGGAGGCGGAUCAGAAGCUGCAGAAGUACGUGCAGAAGAUAUGCGCACUGCGUGUUCAGCCGGUGGCCGGCGGAAGGAAUGGUUCCAGUGCGCGAAUCUCGAAUCGACUGCGCUCCCAAGCGCUGCGAAACUCUUUCCUCAAGUUUGAAAUGGAACUGGGGAUUAAACAGCCGAAAGUGGAGUCCAUUGCGGCUUCCCUUCCGGUCACUCCCAAGGUGAAGAAAGAAAGGAAAUCGUUGGAGGAGUUAUUUAUAUUUAGCUUGGAGAAAAAUUAUCUGCUUAAGGGUGUUCCCAAGGGAUUCGUUUGUACGAUUUGCUGCAAGCCGAACGAUGUGGUGAAGUGUACAAAGUGUCAAAACCAUUUCCAUCCAGCCUGUAACGCUGCACCAUCGCAGCUAGAACCAACCGAUGGAGCCGAUACACCUCCCGAUAGCAAAGCCUUCAUGUGUUCAGGCUGCACCCAGAAGAUACCCGCUAGAUGCUUCGUUUGUCACGACCAAGAGAACGCACUCAAGGAUGAGCGCAAGCAUCGCUGCACGGUGAACGGGUGUGGGAAAUACUACCAUAUUCCCUGCCUGCGGUUGUUCCCACAGCACAAACUUACCAGUACUCCAAAUUCCAGUACCCUGUUCUGUCCGUACCACUCGUGUCAUACCUGUGUUUCGGACGAUCCCCGGACGAACGCAACCACGACCAAGGGCCAGCUGAUACGUUGCCUGAAGUGCCCCUCGUCGUAUCACCCCGACGGGAAGUGCGUACCGGCGGGUUCGCAGCUAAUAACGACCGCCAUUCUCAUCUGUCCGAAGCAUUCGCUCGAGCAGUGCUCGCUGAACGUUAACUGGUGCUUCCUGUGCUGCAAGGGCGGAAGCCUUAUUUGCUGUGAAACGUGUCCCACGGCGUUCCACUUGGACUGCCUGAAAUUCAUUCCGCCCGAGGGAAAAUAUAUCUGCGAGGAGUGUGAAUCCGGUCGGAUGCCCCUGUACAAUGAAAUUGUCUGGGCAAAAUAUUCGAACUUCCGGUUCUGGCCGGCGCUAACCGUUCCCCCACCGGAGAUCCCAGAUUUUGCCCUGCGAAGACAGCACGAACCGUCGGACAUUUGUAUCAUAUUCUUCGGUUCGCAUGAUUACGGCUGGAUCAAUCGAAGGAGGAUCUAUCUGUAUCAGGAGGGUGAUUCGGAUAGCGUGUCGGAGCGAAAGAAGGGUGGUAUACUGGACAAGUAUAACGAGGCUCUACGUGAGGCGAAGGUUGUGAGUCAGAUGCUGCAGGCGAAGAAGGCGGGCGAACAUGCGGAGCUGGGUGACAGUUCGUUCCGGCCGCCGAUGUAUGUGAAAAUUAAGAGCAACAAAUAUGUGCCCCCACUUAGACCGCAAGCUUUUGGUAAAGGAGAUGAGGACACAAUGUGCGAAUGCAAACCAACGGACGACGAACCUUGCGGACUGUACUCCAACUGUAUCAACCGGGCGCUGCUAAUUGAGUGCAAUCCGAAGGUUUGCCCGGCGGGACCAAACUGCCAGAAUCAGUGCUUUGAGAAAAAACAGUAUCCCUCGCUGAUUGCAAAACGAAUACCCCAGAAAGGCUGGGGCCUCGUUACCCUGGAAGACAUCCGUCAGGGUCAGUUUGUGAUCGAGUACGUGGGCGAAGUGAUAAACAACGCUGAGCUGGCGAGACGAUUGCAGCAAAAGCAGGACCAAAAGGAUGAAAACUAUUACUUCCUGACGGUUGAUUCCGAGCUAACGAUCGAUGCGGGUCCGAAAGGAAACCUUGCCCGAUUUAUCAACCACUCGUGCGAACCAAAUUGCGAAACAAUGUUGUGGAGAGUUGGAGGAGCUCAAGCGGUUGGUCUUUUCGCUAUUAAAGACGUCAAGGCGGGCGAAGAGCUUACAUUCAACUACAACUUCGAAAGCAAGGGAAACAAGAAGAAAAUCUGCCAUUGCGGUGCGACCAAGUGUUCCGGUUUCAUCGGGAAGAAGUAUCGUCCCCCGGUAGAGGACGAAUUAAGCGCUGUCGGGCCAAAAGGUCGAAAAGGAGCGAAGAAUGUCACGAAAUCUAUCAAACGUCGAAGACACAGCCUCCACCCUUCGGCACUGUUUGGUAAGAAGCGAAAAAUCGACAGUUCACCGCAACUGUCGAUUGAUGUCGUGAAGAAGGAAGAGAUUUCGUCCCAAAGACGCAACAGCAGUGGGGAUGUAACUAUGCAGCCUGUUGUCGCCACUGAAUCCCCUAUUGUCAAGCAGGAAUGCUUGGAGGAGACAGUUGAAUUGAAGACGGAACCGCCACAGGAAGAAGCACCUGCUACAGCAUCUAGUUCGUAAUGGUGUGACUAGAUGACAGGCGGGAUAUUUUUUUAUUGGCUGCGCACAAGCCGCAUCACUAGAGGGAGAAUAGGCCUCUACCUUUUUACAUGUUAUUAUGUUUAUUUAGGGUUCGUUUAUUUUGCUAGCCCACCACAUUUUCCAGUUAUAAAUUGAGAGUUUACAAGUCGAAGAUGAUUGGUGAAAAAUAUUUGUCGUGAUUAUUGAAUUUUUUGGACAACUUUAAAUUAUUGUUUUACUGUUCUACUACCUACUAGCACCAGUUUGAAUAAAUUGUGUAUUUAUAUAGCAUAAACCGGAAGUGUACUAAAAUAAGUGUUAAUACUGAUGAUGUUACAUCUUUCCACUCUAUCUACAUUGACAAUGUCAAUAAUAAUUAUUCAUGAAGUAUUGCCGAACAGCACUGCCAAACUAAUUCCCAUGAUGAUUAAACUCUGUUCGCAUAAAUUAAACGACGUUGAGUUAUUCAUACUAUACCGAGCUCAGGAAAAACAUUUGGGCAUAGUCUGUCUAUGACCAUGCUUCGGAGGAGAAAAUAAUUUUCAACCGUUAGUGGCUUCUAGCCAAAAGGGAUCUAUUGAGAAAAAAUAUGACUAUUGAUUCGUUCAAUUUUAAAUCACCACCCUGUAGUUAUUAAAAUCGUUAGUGGGAGUAUUUGUAUUUAACAUGCAAA